UGAGCGGCUGGGGGGAUAACCGUCUGGGCGGCUCGGACAUUUCGCUGGAGCAUCCUGCUGAGGCUGAAAGGUGGACACUGCUGCCGGUUUCGUUGCUGCCUUUGGUGGAAAGAAUGACAGCCAGACCGGGAUUCUAUCGGCAGGAGCUCAACAAGACCGUAUGGGAGGUGCCCGAAAGAUACCAGAAUCUGACGCCGGUGGGCUCGGGGGCGUACGGCUCCGUCUGCUCAGCGUAUGAUGUGUGUCUCCGGCAGAAGGUAGCCGUUAAGAAGCUCUCUCGGCCGUUCCAGUCACUCAUCCACAGCAGACGCUCCUAUAGAGAACUGCGACUUCUCAAGCAUAUGAAGCAUGAGAAUGUUAUUGGGUUGCUAGAUGUUUUCACUCCUGCAGCAUCUCUUGAAGAAUUCAAUGAGGUCUAUCUCGUCACUAAUCUGAUGGGAGCAGACCUCAACAACAUAGUCAAGUUCCAGCGCCUUUCAGACGAGCAUGUGCAGUUCCUCAUUUAUCAGCUGCUCCGAGGUCUUAAGUAUAUUCAUUCAGCCGGACUGAUACACAGAGACCUAAAGCCAAGUAAUGUAGCUGUGAAUGAAGAUUGUGAGCUCAGGAUUCUGGACUUUGGACUGGCCAGACAGACAGAUGAUGAGAUGACAGGGUAUGUGGCGACUCGCUGGUACAGAGCACCUGAAAUUAUGCUGAACUGGAUGCACUACAAUCAAACAGUGGAUAUCUGGUCUGUGGGGUGCAUUAUGGGUGAACUUCUCAAAGGGAAGGUCUUGUUUCCAGGCAACGACUAUAUAGAUCAGCUCAAGAGAAUCAUGGAAGUAGUUGGCACUCCGACUCCUGACCUACUGAAGAAGAUCUCUUCAGAGCAUGCUCAGAAAUACAUCCAGUCCCUUCCCUACAUGCCCCAGCAGGAUCUGGGGAAGAUAUUCAGAGGAGCCAAUCCAUUGGCGGUGGAUCUGUUAAAGAGAAUGCUGGUGUUGGACUGUGACCGGCGGAUCUCUGCCAGUGAUGCUCUGUGCCACCCGUAUUUCUCCCAGUACCACGAUCCUGACGAUGAGCCAGAGGCACCACUGUAUGACCAAACCCCAGAGAGCAAGGACCGCACCCUGGAAGAGUGGAAAGAGCUGGUGUUUGAGGAAGUAAACAGUUUCAAAGCGCCUGUCAGCAAAUCAGACAGCCUCCAGGCUGAACAGUAAAAGACACAAUAUUCAUCCCUCCAACACUGAGUCUACUACCUAUGAAAGUGUCUGUUAGUAGACUUAGCACUGAGGAUCUAAGGACUUGAUGGAUGACUGUGAGCCAAUCAGAACAAUAAUGAUGCAUUCCCUAGGCAUGAUGCCUUUCUUGAGUGUAUAGGUGUGUGUGUGUGUGUGUGUGUGUGUGUGUGUGUGUGUAUGUGCGAGUUUGUACCUGCUUGUUUUCCUGAAUGCUGGAGAGUAGCAUGUGUCUAGUUUGGAGAACACAUUAUAGACACAUUGUAUGCACAACCAGUAUAUUACUAUUACAGGGAGCAUGCUGUUGUGUAUAUUCAUUGUACAAUGUUUUUUUUUAUUUUGAGGGAGAUAAAAGGAAGAUGCAACAGGAUACGGGUGUCAAUCAAAGCAAACAGGAGAGGGUCAGUCUAGAGUCACAUGUUUACGGAAUAGGAAUGACUGGGACGUACAGCAGAUGGACAAAGUAAUGGAAACACCAUACACAAGUAAAUAGUGGAUCAAAAUAUACAAUUUACAGUAUGUUUUGCUAAAAAUAAUACUAAAGGCAGUGUGAAAUAAGAUACAUUACAAAUUAUGAAGGAGGACAAAAGACUGGAAUGCCCAGCUUAUGGUUAAAAACAGGUAAAUGUUUUAAUGGCAUCUCAUUGUCACAUUUCAAAGGGUAAUUCCACUGAUUUUUCAAAGUUUCUGCAUAGUUUAAUUGUUGAGAUGUAAAUACUGUUUUGAUGUGAAAUGGUUCAUUGUAGAGAAACUGACUUUUUUUACAGUGGUGGUGAUAGGAACCAGGGGUUGCAUUGUUUACAAAGCAGUUUUAUUUACUAUCGAAAUGAUCAGUGAACCUUCACAUUGUCUUCUGAGCUGUAUGUGUAAUGUUGAUGAUGGUCAAAUGCAUUAUACAUCAUAGCCUAAAAGCUGAUCUCUAAAUUAU